AUGUUAGUCAGUCCAGUGGACAAUAAUGCAGGUGGUUCAUGUCGGGGUAAACAGAAUAACAACCAACAGUGCAGUCUGCCUCGUCAGAAGUCCGAAUGUUCGGUGAGUAACGUUCGCGAACCAUUACUGGCGAACCUGGAGAUUAGUUUCGACGAGGAACCAGAAGCAGACUUCUGUAAAAACGACACCUACGCGGAGAGUGACGACAGAGAAGCCACUGGUUGUUGCAGAAUCGCCAAGAACGAUACCUGCAGCACGGAGAGUGACGACAGAGAGGCCACUGGUGGUAACACGAUCGCCAAGAACGGGGACUGCGGGGCUAGGCCACGGGAGGAAAGCUGCAAGCCCGCAAAAGAGCCAACGAGAGCUGAUGCGAGUAGAGACGAUCCGAAGAACGUCUGUUGCCGUCAGCCGACCUUCGAUGACCAGCAGCAGAAGGGUGCAGGGUCGUCGCGACGGAACAACAAACCGUGGAUGGGCUGUGAAUCACUGCUGCAGGUUUCGACGCCUACGGAAGCAGACUUCUGUAAAAACGACACCUGCACGGAGAGUAACGACAGAGAGGCCACCGGUUGCAGCAGGAUCGCCAAGAACGGGGACUGCGGGGCUGGGCCACGGGAGGAAAGCUGCAGGCCCGCAAAAGAGCCAACGAGAGCUGAUGAGAGUAGAGACGAUCUGAAAAAGACCAGCUGUUGCCGUCAGCCGACAUUCGAUGUCGAGCAGCAGAAGGGCGUAGGGUUGUCGCGACGGAACAACGAACCUUGGACAGGCCACGAAUCGCUGCAGGUUUCGACGCCUACGGUCCGGCCCUACAAAGACCCGACCACCGACAAAAUAUCUGCACCGCCGCCGAAGUCAAACAAUCGGACCGUGACCAACCGAUCGGAUGGUGUACUGCAGGAAUUCGAAAAAGAAUUGAGCAGGGUAGAACAGCGUCGGGCGCAAUUGAUGCGGUGCAUCGAGCGCAAACAGCGAGCAUUGAUGAAAGAAAACCGGGAAGGGCGAACAUCAAUACAAACCUAUUGCGAACAACAGGGUUCAGGUGGCGAGAAACAGCCACUACACGACACUAGAGACCGUCAACCGCCCCAACAGGAUACUAGGGAACGUCGACAGCCUCAGUAUGACACUAGCAAACGUCAACCGUCACAGCAUAAUACUAGCGAAUGUCGGCCGUCACAGUACGACACUACAGCACACCGACCGUCACAGUACGACACUAACAACCGUCGACCUUCGGAGUACGAAAUGAGAGAACGUCGAUCGUCCCAUCACGACUCUAGAAAACGCCGACCGUCACAGGACGACACUAGAAAACGCCGACCCUCACAAGACGAUACCAGAAAACGCCGACCGUCCCAGCACGACACUAGGAAACGCCGACCGUCACAGGACGACACUAGAAAACGCCGACCCUCACAGGACGACACUAGGAAACGCCGACCGUCACAAGACGAUACCAGAAAACGCCGAUCGUCCCAGCACGACACUAGAGAACGCCAAAGUUUGAAAGGCGAAAAUCGUAAACAGCCACAGGGGGGCAGUUUUGCCUUCGAAUGUUUCUGCAAUUUCAUUAAGAAAGACAACAGUUUUAACACCGGUUCAGCCACAAAACAGGUACAGCGCAAUGAGUCUUACCAGCCGUCGGCGCGAGGUGUGAGCGAUGGCAACAGUUUCUGUCCGAAACAGGUGUCGUCUAGGCACAACAACAACAACAAUGCCUAUAACAAUACCGGAAUGGAGGUCGGGAGAAAAGACGCCACUUCGACCGGACGCCACGACGGCUCCGGCCGCCGCAGCACGCCACGGAAUGACGCCACUGGGACGUCAUCGGACUUCGCCGAGCAGAACCGUAGUCGUCAAGACUCUUUCCAGCCACGCGGCUGCCCGCGUAUAAGGGUGGUGGAUUUGAUAAGCUUUAUCAAUAACAGUUCUGUUACGUCAAUUGGUGGCACUCAAAAGCGAAAUAAUCGAGGGUGGAAUGAAACACAAUAA